AUGUUUCUUAUCGUCGAUCGGACCUUUUGGCGUCCACAACUUCAACUCGAUUGGGCCGGCAUGGAGGCAAAUGGUGCUUCCAAUGUAGCACCGUCAGCUGCUGCAUCUGCGACAGACUUGAUUUUGCAGCAGAGGACAGGAGCAUCCUCGUCAGGACAGGCAACAGUGCAACAAGCAGUACAGAAAGGCGAUGGCAGCCUCUUUUCGCAAGUGACGAGCAAUCCCUUGUUCACGGCUGGUUUUGGCCUCGGAGCGCUGGGCGCAGGCUUGACGUUUGCACAGAGGGGAGUCCGCCAUGGCGCAGCUCUGCUGCGUCGCCGAAUGCUGGUGGACGUGGAGAUCAGCAUCAAGGACGACUCAUAUCCAUGGUUUCUUCACUGGAUGACACUCUAUCAGCAAUCGCAGCUCAACACCACCCGUACAGCCGCGAACAGUACCGGCUUCAUCGAUCGGCUCCUUCACAAAAUGACCCCCGGCAUGCGUCACCUCUCCAUCCAGACUUCGAAGGUGGAACAUUCGAAUGGAGCUAUUCAUACCCAUUUCUCGCUGGUACCAGGUCCUGGAAAACACAUUCUUCGCUACAAAAACGCGUUUGUCUUUGUGAGCCGAGUGCGAGAAUCCAAAUCCCGCGACAUCCAAACCGGAAAGCCUUGGGAGACCAUCACAUUGACUACCCUCUACUCUCAACGACAUAUCUUUGAAGACCUUUUUACAGAAGCUCAUGCAUACGCUGCCAAAUCCCAUGAGGGGAAGACAACAAUCUACAACAGUUGGGGAACGGAAUGGCGGCCAUUCGGCAAUCCUCGACGCAAGCGUCCUCUGGAAUCAGUUGUGCUUGAUGAGGGGGUCUCGGAGCGGAUUGUCGAUGAUGCCCAAGACUUCAUCUCGAGCUCUGCGUGGUACCAUGACCGUGGAAUUCCUUACCGACGAGGAUACCUCCUAUACGGGCCCCCUGGGACGGGUAAAAGUUCAUUUAUCCAGGCGCUAGCGGGGGAGUUGGACUACGAUAUCGCAAUUCUCAACCUUAGCGAGCGGGGCUUGACCGAUGAUCGGCUCAACCAUCUCUUGACCAUUGUUCCAAAUCGAACCCUAGUUCUGCUGGAGGAUGUGGAUGCGGCGUUCUCUAAUCGACGGGUUCAAGCCGACGCCGACGGCUAUCGCGGAGCGAACGUCACUUUCUCCGGUCUGCUGAAUGCGCUGGACGGUGUUGCCAGCGCCGAGGAACGUAUUAUCUUCCUCACGACCAAUCAUGUCGAGCGACUGGACGAGGCCCUGGUCCGCCCUGGGCGCGUAGACAUGACAGUGCGCCUCGGAGAAGUGACGCGCUAUCAGGUCGGCCGUCUUUGGGAUCGCUUCUAUGAAGAAAUCGAUACUGAAGGCUCCUACCGGAAGACUUUCCUCGACCGGCUGCAGCAUCUCGGCUUGAUCGAGGAUGAGCAGGGUCGUAAAGCUGACCGAUCGAAGAGCACAAGCGCAGCAGCUCUGCAAGGGCUGUUUUUGUACAACAAGGGCAAUAUGGCGGGCGCGAUCGCCAUGGCAGAGGGACUUACCUACUCUGUUCAUGAUGAGGCUUCGGAGCAUGACCAGGGUCGAAGCGAAUAA